UUAUUUUUCUAUCUAUCUGAAAAUUUUCCAUAUCGGAGCUUGUGGCGAUGGAGAACAUUCUUGGUCUUCUCAGGAUUCGGGUGAUAAGAGGGGUAAAUCUUGCAGGUCGUGAUCUCGGUGGCAGCGAUCCUUAUGUGGUAGUCACCUCCGGAGACCAGGUACUGAGGAUUCGACCUGUGAAAAAUAACAACAAUCCUGAAUGGAAUGAAGAAUUAACUCUUUCCAUCACAGAUUUGGAUGUUCCUAUAAAAUUAGAAGUUUUUGACAAAGACACAUUCACCAAGGAUGACAGGCUAGGCGAUGCAGACAUUGACAUCAAACCAUAUAUAGAGAUACUUAGGAUGGGCUUAGAAAAUCUCCCAAAUGGCUGUGUAGUGAAACGAGUUCAGCCAAAUAGAACCAACUGCCUUGCUGAUGAAAGCCAUAUGGUGUGGAACAAUGGCGAAAUCACCCAGGGCAUGCAUCUCAGAUUGAGAAAUAUGAAGUGUGGUGAAGUGGAGAUUCAAAUUAAGUGGAUCAAUGUUCCUGGUAGCAAGGGAUUGCAAAUUGACUCUAGCAGCAGCUAAACAUUUUGAUCUUAUUGUUUUGUGAUGUUUGUAUGGGCUCAAGCUUCGUGACCUUGCUUGAAAUGAGAUUUAGCAACUAUAAUAAACACAGAGAGAUGAUGUUUAGCUAUCUAUGCUCCUGCGUUACUGUGAGAAUCGUGUUGUGGCCAGUUUCUUCUACUGGAAACCGUCUAUGCAAUGUGUAUUUUGCUUACCACAUAAAUUUUAACCUCACUGACUGGGAAGGAUUUUCCUGCUUUUCCCAUUUCGUAGUCUGCUCAUAAUAUGCUGCGAAUGUGGUAGCCUGUCUACUUGUUAUCCAGAUUAUGGACCCCUUUUGAAAAUUCAGCUAAAAUUGGCACAUGGGCUUGGGCCAAAAUCUGCUUUACCAAAUUGGCGUAUUCUUAAACCACCGAAUCUGCUAUCUCCACUAUAAAAAAA